AUGGCCGCCCUCUCGCAGUACAAUUACAUCUUCUUCAUCACAGCCAUCCUGGCUUUCCUCGAUGCCUGGAACAUUGGCGCCAACGAUGUCGCCAACUCCUUCGCCUCAUCCAUCUCCUCACGAUGUCUCACCAUGAAGCAAGCCGUCCUAGUGGCUUCAAUCACCGAACUCGCCGGGUCUAUCUCCGUAGGCUCCCGAGUCGCCGACACCAUUCGAACUCGAGUUAUCGACCCAUCUCUCUACGCCGAAACCCCCUCCGUCCUCCUUCUCGCCAUGAUGUGCACCGUCUUCGGCUCCGCUGUCUUCCUUACUAUCGCCACUCGCUACGGACUUCCCGUCUCAACGACCCAUUCGACGAUCGGGGGUCUUGUUGGUGCUGCAACCGCCUCCGUGGGCAUCUCGAAAAUCAACUGGGGAGUUUCGGGCGUGUCGCAGGUAUUUCUGGCUUGGAUCAUAGCACCAGGUAUUGCUGGGUUCUUGGGAGCCAUUCUUUUCCUCUUCACGAAGAUGGCGGUGCUCGCGAGGAAGCAGGCUGUGAGAAACGCUUUAUUCUCUAUUCCCGUCUACACCUUUAUCACCGUCGGUGCCCUGACGAUGCUUGUCGCCUGGAAAGGAGUCCAAGUGGUCGAAGAGCCGUCAACCGAACUCAUGAUAAUCCUCGUCUUCACCAUCGCUGGCGGUGCCGCCAUCAUCGUAGCCCUCUUUCUCCUACCCUACCUCUGGCGCCGCAUUAUGAGUGAAGAUUGGCCCUUGAAGUGGUACAUGAUUUGGCAGGGCCCUUUCCUACUUAAACGUCCACAACCACCCCCGACACCGCCGGGCUUCAACAAGCUCAAAAUAAAAAACUAUUACCAAGGCCACCUCACCCCCGAAGAGCUCUUCUACGUCCGCGCCUCCGACACCCUCCUCAAAUCCGUCCAAACCAGCCCCGACGGAUCCUGCCCCAUCUUCCUCGACAACGACGACGACUUCGUCCUCCCUCCCCCGGCCCAAGCCGUUCCCUCCAUGCACGGGGCCAUAGUGGCACCCUCUUCUUCCUCCACCCGCUGCCAAACCCCCAACAACGACCUAAUCCCCCCCAGACCCCCGGGCCACUGGACAACCCCAAAAGUCUUCCUCUGGAAAAUCAACCGCAUCCUCCUCCACGGCCUCGAGCAGGACGUCGUCCGUCUCCAAAAGAUCAACUCCGUGCUGACGUGGGACAUCGCCACCAUGCACUCCAAAGCCCAGCGCUUCGACAACCGCGCCGAACACGCCUACAGCUUCCUCCAGGUCAUCACGGCCGCCGCUGCCAGUUUCGUCCACGGCGCCAACGACGUCUCGAACUCGGCGGCUCCACUGUCAACGGCGUACGAGGUCUGGCUGCACAACGAGGUGCCGAUGAAAGUGGGCGUGCCGAUCUGGAUCUUAUGUCUUGGCGGCGGCGCAAUAGUCUUGGGAUUGCUGACAUACGGGUACCACGUGAUGCGGAAUCUGGGUAACCGGUUGACGUUGAUAUCGCCGUCUCGAGGGUUCUGCAUGGAGCUGUCUACUGCUAUUACCGUGCUUAUGGCCACGAGGCUGGCUCUCCCCGUUUCGACGACGCAAUGUAUCACCGGCGCGACGGUGGGAGUUGGUCUUGCCAACGGCGACUGGCGCAGUAUCAACCCACGCCUCGUCGCCUUCAUCUACUUUGGCUGGAUCAUUACUUUACCAGUCACAGCAUUCCUAUCGGGUAGCAUGAUGGCUAUCAUUCUCAAUGCGCCAACCUGGGCGACCGGAGUGGUCACCCCAACUUAA